AUGAGCCUUAACCGCCGACAACACUACUCGCAGACAUUGGCACCCAAUCAGUGGUUCAGCGAAUUUGAGCGACAAAUGAAUGGCCAGAAGGAAAGGGCCGACAAAUAUCUGCUCAUCGAAGACAAGUGCCAAUCGUUAGCCAAACUGAACGCCAAGUCGUUGUCGCAACUCUUGGAGACCAAAGUGAAUCACAUCCACAAAUGGGUCUUCAAUGCCAAUCAUUGCGCUCUCGUCGAGUUGGAUGACCGCCGAUACACACUUCGCCGUGAGAUCACCAGACAGUUCCAGACCAGCGAUCAGCACACGGCCCGACACCGGUCGUCGCCGUCGAUGGCCACUCAACUCAAGUUUAUCACACUUAACGCGUGUCCGCCGGUGUUGUCCGCCAAUCAUAAGGCCGGUGAUCAGCGCGAAGAACAGAAGGAGAUCCGCGAAAUGACGUCCAGAAGGAGAGACACGUAUCAAUUGAAUUCCAACGAAGAGUUGAUGUUAUAUCUGGUUAAUGGCAAACACUGGGAUGAAUUGGAUCUUAAGCUUAGGUUUUAUAUAGUAUCACAAUUAGAGCAAUACGUGUGUCAAUCACACUUCAAAUCCUAUCAAAUACUGCCAUUUGGUUCAUCCAUUGCCGGUUUGGGAACUCCGAACAGUGACUUGGAUUUGGUAUUAGUUCCCAAAGUGUCCGGCGGACAGAUGUCUAGAGAGGAGGACCGCGUGAAGCUGAAGACACAUCUGAACUUAAUAGCGGAUCUCUUGCAAUACUCGAUACCAUUUUAUUCCCAUUUCUCGCGUAUAUUGAGAGCCAGAAUACCGAUUGUUAAGUUUGGCUUUGAUUUGGCGCCGAUUGACAUCGACCUCUCCAUCGAAUUAUCCGCACAUUCUGUCCACUCCGGGGUCUAUAUGUCGGCGUUUCUUAACUAUUGUGUUGGUCUUAAUCCCUGUGUCAGAGAUUUGAUCCUUUUGUUAAGACAAUGGGCUAAACAACACAUACCGCCGAUGAGACAAUUUCUCACCCCUUCAUCGCAAGCGUUCGUUCCGUGCGCUACGCAAACGUCUACUCUGGAUCUGUUGGCGCAGUUCUUCGAGUUAUUGCUCACAUUAAGGUUUGAAUGGGAGGCCAUAUCCAUACUGAACGGCACCACAUAUACAUCGCCCGACCCAUCGCUGCCCAUAUGGAUGGAGAAUCCGUUUGAGACCGAACUCAAUAUGUGUCGCAAUAUACAGGCCGUUAAGUUUGACAAGUUUUUAGAGACUAUUCAACAGUCGUUGGGAAUCAUGAAACACAAAGACUAUGCGUUGAUUGACAUCUUCGACAAAGACAUGUUAAUGAGUUCACUGAACACCGGAUACAAACCCUCGAGGAUUGAUUUUAAUGAGGGAAGAAAAAUGCCCAUUAAAUUGCAUUCACAGCAUAACUCUAUGGGAAGAAACAACAUAACAAAUGAAUGUGUUGGAUCGCCGCCACAACUGAAUAAAGUGGAUGAGAGGCUCAGGAAUGAGGGCAUCAAAGCGACCGAAACGAGCGCUGAAUUCAAGUUUUAUUGCCUUUUCUGUAAUAUGUAUUUGGAUUGCAAGAAGGUUGGCGUCGCCCACACUAACGAUCCCCGACAUAAAAUGAUGAAAUGCGGCGAUAAUCUCAACGAAUUAGACGCCAAAUUCACCAUCAAAUCGGACAGAAUUAGCGAAUUCGAGGUGGCGUUCGCCCGAAGACAUUAUUUGCGGACAAUUUCAUUAGAUUUGAAGACUUGUUUGACAAACGCAGGCAUUCGCCUAAAAGACGGGACCGGCUCUCAAGCCUUUUAUUGUGUGAAAUGUGAGCUUUCGGUCGACAAAUACGAGGAAUUGGAAAAUCACAUCAAUUCGGCGUUUCAUUCAAUCGAUAGUUUAAAAUAAUGGACUCUUUGGUGAAAUUUGCUAAAUAUAAAACAAU